CGAACCCAUAAUGGGCUUACUUAAAUGAUGCUCUUAGUACACACGAGGAGAUUUAAAAAAAAAGAUUCAAAUAACAGGCUUAAUUUUCAGAUGUGCGUGCAUCACUGCAAAUUAAACAGAACCGUAAAUAAUUGCAAAUGCGCUCUGAAACAAACGGUUUAUCCUCACGACUCGCCAUAUUGUCAACAAGGUAACUACUCUUUCUUUUCCAUUUAAUUUACCCAUCAUAGAUGUAAUUGAAUCAUUUUAUUAACGUAGAUGACGAAACGUGUGUCAAGAAACAAAACCUAGAAGAGUGUUACUCCGUUUGCAAACCGGAAUGCAAGUAUGUUUGUAUUUAUUUUGAUAGAUACGCCGUUGAAUUUACAAAUGAUUUUUUUCAGUUCAAUCGACUAUCGAUCGAUAAUAUCUGGUAGGGAAUUCUCUAAUGACAUCAUAGAAAUUUACGAAUGUAUAUAUCCGAAACAAACAAGAAGUUCCAUCAGGAAACGAGCGGCGGUGGUUGUAUUUUCUGUAGACAAACCCGAAUUUUUCUUUUACAAAUACGUACCCAAAUAUGAGUUGAUCGAAGUAUUCAGUUAUAUUGGAGGUUAUAUGGGAAUGUGGCUGGGUAUAUCGCUCUUCGUCGUUUUCGAUUUUGUGGAAAGGUGUGUGGUUCACCUGUACGAAAUGUUAGACGAUUGGAGGACCAGGAGAAACGUCGUGCCUGCGUGGAUUAGAACAGAAUUAGCGGAUUCGAAAAAUUUAAGAAAUGACAACUAUAUGGCAAUGUCGCCCAAUAAGAAUUCUUACUGGUCCAUCAAAAAUCGUCUUCGAAGGAAAAAAUGUCGUGUGUUUCGAAAUAAAAGAAUGAACUUAAUACAAAGAUUCCAAUAA